CGUCGCCUCCCCCGGGGGCUUCCCCGCCCGGCCGAGCCCUCCGGGGCCCCGCUGCUCCCGGGGAGCCGAACCACGGCGACGGACACGGCCUCAAAGUCCAGGGACUCUUAACGAGCGCACCUCAAACAGAGGUUGCUAGGAGAUGGUGGAGCCAGGACAAGAUCUGUUGCUUGCUGCUUUGAGUGAGAGUGGAAUCAGUCCAAAUGAUCUCUUUGAUAUUGACUCUCCAGACGUGGUUCUUGCAAAUCCAGCACCAACUCCAGCUGUUCAGCAGUCAGUACCACUUAGUGCAUUAGAACUGGGCCUGGAGACUGAGGCUGCAGCUGCUGUGAAACAAGAACCAGAGACUGUGUCUACUCCAGCCUUAUUAAAUGUUCGGCAACCACCAUCCACCACAACCUUUGUGCUGAAUCAAAUAAAUCAGCUUCCAACUCUGGGGACAACAAUAGUGGUGACAAAAACGACGCCUGUCACGACCUCGAGGCAGACGAUCACUGUAGCAAAGAUCAUCCAGACCAGCACAACCACUCGGCCCUCGGUGGCAGCACCAGCAGUUCGCAAUGCCUUGACCACUGCACCUUCCAAGGACCAGAUUCAGCUGAAAGAUCUGCUCAAGAACAAUAGUCUUAAUGAACUCAUGAAAUUGAAGCCACCUCCUAAUAUUGCCCAACCAGUAGCAACAGCAGCAACUGACCUAAGCAAUGGUGCAGUGAAGAAGGAGGCUUCCACAAAAGAGGUAGCAAGAAUAUGGAUAAAUGACAUUAAAAUGAGAAGUUUUUCACCUACUGUGAAAGUGCCAGCAGUAAAAGAAGAGGAGGAACCUGAGGAAGAAGAUGAAGAAGAAAUGGGCCAUGCAGAGACCUACGCUGAAUAUAUGCCAAUAAAAUUAAAAAUUGGUCUACGUCAUCCUGACCCAGUAGUGGAAACCAGCUCGUUAUCCAGUGUGACUCCUCCUGAUGUGUGGUACCAGACAUCAAUAUCAGAGGAAACCAUUGACAGUGGCUGGUUGUCAGCUUUGCAGCUCGAAGCAAUCACUUAUGCAGCCCAGCAACAUGAAACAUUCCUGCCCAAUGGAGACAGAGCUGGAUUCUUGAUAGGUGAUGGUGCUGGUGUAGGAAAAGGAAGGACCAUAGCUGGAAUAAUCUAUGAAAAUUACUUGUUAGGCAGAAAAAGAGCAGUCUGGUUUAGCGUGUCAAAUGAUCUGAAAUACGAUGCUGAAAGAGAUUUGAGAGAUAUUGGAGCAAAAAACAUAUUGGUCCAUUCAUUAAACAAGUUCAAGUAUGGGAAGAUUUCUUCCAAACAUAAUGGAAGUGUGAAGAAAGGUGUCAUCUUUGCUACCUAUUCUUCUCUUAUUGGGGAAAGUCAGUCUGGUGGUAAAUACAAAACCAGACUAAAGCAGCUUCUUCACUGGUGUGGUGAAGACUUUGAUGGAGUUAUCGUAUUUGACGAGUGUCACAAAGCAAAGAAUCUGUGUCCUGUUGGUUCAUCAAAACCAACAAAAACAGGUCUGGCUGUACUGGAACUUCAAAAUAAACUUCCAAAAGCCAGGGUUGUUUAUGCCAGUGCCACAGGUGCAUCUGAGCCAAGAAACAUGGCAUAUAUGAACCGUCUUGGAAUAUGGGGUGAAGGAACUCCGUUUAGGGAAUUCAGUGAUUUUAUUCAGGCUGUUGAAAGAAGAGGUGUUGGUGCCAUGGAAAUAGUUGCUAUGGAUAUGAAGCUGAGAGGAAUGUACAUAGCCAGACAGUUGAGUUUUUCAGGUGUAACUUUCAAAAUCGACGAAGUUCUGCUCUCACAGGAAUAUGUGAAAAUGUACAAUAAAUCUGUGAAACUGUGGGUCAGUGCUCGAGAGAGGUUUCAGCAAGCGGCCGAUCUCAUCGAUGCAGAGCAGCGCAUGAAAAAGUCCAUGUGGGGUCAGUUCUGGUCAGCUCACCAGAGGUUUUUCAAGUAUCUUUGCAUAGCCUCAAAGGUGAAGAGGGUGGUGCAGCUGGCUCGGGAAGAAAUCAAGAAUGGCAAAUGCGUUGUCAUUGGCCUGCAGUCGACAGGAGAAGCAAGAACAUUGGAAGCUUUGGAGGAAGGUGGUGGAGAACUGAAUGACUUUGUUUCUACAGCAAAAGGAGUAUUCCAGUCUCUUAUUGAAAAGCACUUUCCAGCUCCAGACAGGAAGAAGCUGUUUAGCUUGUUGGGAAUUGACCUGACUGCUCAAAGUAAUAACAAUUCACCUCGAGACAGCCCUUGCAAGGAGAACAAAGUAAAGAAACGAAAAGGUGAAGAAAUAAGCAGAGAAGCCAAAAAAGCCCGCAAAACGGGUGGCCUUGCAGGUAGCAGCUCUGAUGAGAGUGAGAGUGAGUCUGAUGCUUCAGACAAUGAAGAAAGUGACAAUGAGAGCUCCAAAUUUUUGAGUUCUGGAGAUGAUGACGACUUCAACCCAUUCAGAGAUGAAUCCAGUGAAGAUGAUGAAGAUGAUCCCUGGUUGAUUAGAAAAGAGCAUAAAAAAAAUAAAGAAAAGAAAAAGAAGAAAAGCAUAGACCCAGAUUCUAUUCAAAGUGCCUUACUAGCCUCUGGUCUGGGAUCCAAACGACCCACCUGUUUCACUUCCACUGUUGGAACCACCACUUCUAGUACCAACACGUCUGCAAACAGUAACACAAACAGCAGCUUUGUAACGAGUCAGGAUGCUGUUGAAAGGGCCCAACAAAUGAAAAAAGAACUGCUGGAUAAACUGGAAAAGCUGGCUGAAGAUCUUCCACCUAAUACACUGGAUGAGCUUAUAGAUGAACUGGGUGGUCCUGAAAAUGUUGCAGAGAUGACGGGCCGCAAAGGCAGAGUGGUGAGCAAUGAUGAUGGCAGCAUCUCAUACGAGUCAAGGUCUGAACUCGAUGUGCCCGUUGAAAUCCUGAACAUCACAGAAAAGCAGAGGUUCAUGGAUGGAGAUAAGAACAUUGCCAUCAUCUCGGAGGCUGCCAGCUCUGGUAUCUCACUGCAAGCAGACCGCAGGGCCAAGAACCAGAGGCGGAGGGUUCACAUGACCCUGGAGCUGCCGUGGAGCGCAGACAGAGCAAUCCAGCAGUUUGGAAGAACUCAUAGAUCCAACCAAGUGACUGCUCCAGAGUAUGUGUUCCUCAUCUCUGAACUGGCAGGAGAGCAAAGAUUUGCAUCUAUAGUUGCUAAAAGACUGGAGAGUUUGGGAGCCCUCACCCACGGGGACAGACGGGCCACAGAAACUCGAGACCUCAGCAGAUUCAAUUUUGACAACAAGUAUGGCAGAAAUGCUCUGGAGAUUGUUAUGAAAUCCAUUGUGAACUUGGACUCCCCAAUGGUCUCACCUCCUCCUGAUUUUCCUGGAGAUUUCUUCAAAGAUGUUCGUCAAGGAUUGAUUGGCGUAGGCUUGAUAAAUGUAGAGGACAGAUCUGGAAUACUGACACUUGAUAAAGAUUACAACAAUAUAGGGAAAUUUCUGAAUCGAAUUCUUGGCAUGGAAGUCCAUCAGCAGAAUGCUUUGUUCCAGUACUUCUCUGACACGUUAAAUGCAGUUAUUCAAAAUGCUAAAAAGAAUGGAAGAUAUGACAUGGGCAUCUUAGAUUUGGGCUCUGGGGAUGAGAAAGUGAGGAAGGCAGAUGUUAAGAAGUUUUUAACUCCUGGAUAUUCUACCUCUGGACAUGUGGAGCUGUACACAAUCAGUGUGGAGAGAGGAAUGUCUUGGGAUGAAGCAACAAAGAUCUGGGCAGAACAGACAGGUCCAGAUGAUGGAUUUUAUUUAUCAUUACAGAUAAGAAAUAACAAGAAAACAGCAAUUCUAGUAAAAGAAGUGAAUCCUAAAAAGAAGCUUUUUUUGAUAUACAGACCAAAUACUGGGAAACAACUCAAGCUAGAAACAUGUGCAGACCUGAAAAAGAAAUAUAAGAAGGUACCUUCUGAGGAUGCUCUGCCACACUGGCUGGAGCAGUACAACUCCUCUGCAGACACCUGCACCCACGCCUACUGGAGAGGCAAUUGCAAGAAGGCAGGCCUGGGGCUGGUCUGUGAGGUGGGGCUGCGUUGCAGAACCUACUACGUGCUGUGUGGCUCCGUGCUGAGCGUGUGGACAAAGGUGGAAGGAGUCCUGGCCUCGGUCAGCGGCACAAACGUGAAAAUGCAAAUCGUUCGCCUGAGGACAGAAGAUGGGCAGAGGAUCGUAGGUUUGAUCAUUCCUGCAAAUUGUGUGUCACCCCUCGUGAACCUCCUGUCGACGUCCGACCAGUCGCAGCAGCUCGCAGUGCAGCAGCAGCAGAUCUGGCAGCAGCACCACCCCCAGAGCAUCACCAACCUCAACAGCGCAUAAGAGGACAAGCUACAGGUGUUGACUUUGGUGUUUGAGGAAAAGGCUGUAAAAGCAUAUCACUUGCAUAAAAAUCAGGGACAGAUUCCAAAGAAAUAUAACUUUUUCAGUUCAGUUGUGUCUCGAAUGCUUUGGGAAUAAAGAGAUCUAAAAAGGUUGGUAGAACUGAAAGCCAGCAGUUGUUUAUGGUGGUGCAUCUGUCUUUCCUUAUGCUCUCUGUAGUGCUUCCUGUUUGCUUUUACUUUUGGCCUUUUAAGCUACAAACCACAAUUUGUUUGAAAAUGCUUGAAAAUCCCCAAGCAGGCUUUAUUUUUAUCUUGUCAUACAGUGCUCAGGGUUUAACGCAGUGCAUCGAUGCCAUUGCUGUGGGAGAUCUCGAAUGCAUGUAUUGAGUAUAUAUAUAGAAAAUAUAUAUUGGGUUUUUCUCUUCAAUUUGAGUUUAUAAAAGCAUGAAACCUAGAGGUUGCACAUCAUGCAUUCAAGUUCCUUCCCAGUUUCUGUUUGACAGUGCAUGUCUUUGGAAACGGGCAUGGACAGCAUAAACACACGAGACAGGAAUUCAGAGAGAAACACAAUCUUAGUUGUACAGCAUUGGUUAUUGCAUUUUUAUAGUGUUUAUACCCAGGUGUUGCAUUUUUUCUGGUUCUCUCCUGGGAGUUAUAUAUUUGAGUCUACAACAUGUUCUUUUUGUGAUAAACAUCUUAAAUUAAAAUUAGUUCGUUUUUAAUGUAUUAAUGGUAUUCCUAAUGUGUACUGCAAAGAUGGCUGGAUGCCUGUUUUCCUUAAAUUGAAGCAUUUCCUUAAUCUGAGGUGGUUAUGGAAACUUAAGUGCAAAUUCACUUCCAUCUGGCAUACAAUCUUAUAUUUUUUACUUCAUUAACGUAAUUUAAUUUGUCACUUGUAAGAUGAAACCUUACUUGAGCUGUAAAUUAGAGAAUGGGAAACACUUGAGGGUUCCGCUGUAUGUGCUGUUUCUGUUAUGUUUAAUAUGUUGUAAGACAUUGUAGAGUUUAUCUGGAGCUGUUUAAAAGAAAUUGUAAUGUACAAAUGUGAAUAGUCACUUAUCUAUAAUAUGGGUAAGUUUUGUUUUGCCUAUAAUAGUAGAUGUUUAUAAGAAAGUGAAGGACAAUGUUUGUCAUUUCUUGCUUGCACAGGUUGCACUAUUGAAAAAUUGAGAUUGUAUAAACCUGUCCAAAAAACUACAAGAUAAUGAUCUUGUAGAUGUCAAAUAAAAGUUAUUGUACUAACAA